GAUAAUCUUUAACCCCAAACCCCGUACGCUAGUAAAACCCUCUAGUUAUCCUAACCCACUCUUCAUCAUCUCUUGAAUCUACUCUCAGUCCCGAACAACAAAGGAAGCCCUUCCCGGAGCCGGAGCCGAUGGAGACCGAUGAGGAGAAGGAAGUGAAGCAGAGGAAGGCUGAGGUGCGGAAAGAAAAUGUGGCUGGUGAUGCUGCGUAUAAGAAGGAUUUUGAUACUACUAUUCAACAUUAUUUAAAAGCUUUGGAAUUGGAUGAUGAGGGUGUGUCCUUUCUCACCAACGAUGCUGCUGUGUACUUGGAAAUGGGAAAGUACAAGGAUUGCAUAAAAGAUUGUGAUAGGGUUGUUGAAGGAGGAAGGGAACUAAGAUCAGACUACAAGAUGAUAGCAAGAGCUUUGAAUAGGAAAGGGACUGCCUUGGGCAACACGGAAAAAUGCUCUAAAGAUCAUGUGAAGAAGAAUGUUAUGAAGUUGGAGUCAAAUAGUGAGAAGUCUAUAGUGAUUUCACAGCUGCUGCUUCUCUCUGAAGACUUGGUUAUUGAUAUCCUUAGUCGGGUUUCUCUCAAGAGCUUGCUUACUUCUGCAAGGUACGUUUGCAAAUCAUGGGCUACUAUUAUUAAUAGCUCAAAUUUUGCAAUUCAACAAUGCACACAUUCUAAACCUGGUCUUUUAGUUGAAAAUAAGUCAAUGAGUUAUUAUUUCUUGGAUAUUAAAGAUGAUUUAAAUGGUCACUUUGAAAGGAUUGAUUUGGGGACAUAUUCAGGCAUGGGAAGUUUAAGGAGUACUUGUGAUGGCAUAUUGUUGUUUUAGAAUUUUCCUAAACAAAUUUUUGUCUUGAACCCCAUCCUCAAGUGCCGCCUUAGAGUUCCUCGUUUACCCAGUCAAGAAUCAUUAACUAUGGACAGUUUAACUUUAGCACGUGUUCCUCACUCUUCCAUAUUCAAGUUGUUCUUUGUAGACAUUAGAAAGGUUUCAGGCGUCGAUUGGGUUCUUUUUUAUGUGCUAAAAAUUGGAAUAGAUAACUCUUGGAAAGAGAUAGUGGCUAGACCAAAAGUUCUCAAUGAGAAAUAUUUUUUCAAAAAACCAGUUUAUAGUGGUGGCAAUGAUCUUUACUGGAUACUAAAGGAAUCAGUGAUUGUGAUGGAUGUUGACAAGGAAGUUAUUGUCAGAGAAUAUCCACUUCCCCCUCUACGGGUGUGUCGCUAUCUAGAUGUGGAGUAUUUAUGGAUGGGAAAUCACCUUUCUUGCAUUGUGCAUGAAGAUCCCAUUAAAACAUUUCAAAUUUACAUUUUGGAUAUCAAUUCAGGAAAAUGGUCACUUUAUCACGAGAUGGUACUCUUUGAUUAUGUGGUUGCUUGCGGCCAGCUAUCAGUUAAUGAUACUAAAAUGAUAUUGAUAUCCAUUCUUUUCGGGAUGAAUGAACAAAUUAUCUUUCAAUUAUGUUUCCCUACAAAAGAAAAGUCAGCUACAUACUUUAAAAAAUCCAUUUUGGUUACAAUGUCAAGACUAGACGAUUGACAAAGAUAGAGGGCAUUCCUGAAGGUUUUCAUGACGUAUUUCUUCAUACCAACAGUUUAGCUUCAUUUCCUAUUUAGUUUUGUCAUACUUGGGCAAAACCGAAAAACAAACAUUUAUAUUUCUAAUCAGUACAUUGGCUAUUGGACCUGGACAUACAUGUGAAGUUUUGCGAGGUUGUUUUAAUUUAUUUAUCAAAUUUAGUUUAGAGUUGGAAACACCUGAUGCAUGUUUGUUUAGUUAGUUAGUCUGGCUAUUGGUAUUAUCAUGUAUCCUUGCUCAUUAUGAAGACGAGUGAUGAUUUAAACUUGUAAUAAAACCUUGUGUUUUCUAUUGCUUUUUAUUAUUUAUCAAAGUACACAUGUGUUUGAUUUA